AUGGCCGCGACACGAAAAAAGGCUGCAGCGAAGAAAGGAGGAGGAAAGUACCGCGGCGUGGUGAACCCGAGGCUGCGCAAUUUCCUGCAGUCCAACGAGUACCGAGAGUUGCUGACCUUGCUCAAGAAUGCCAACGACGAGGGCGCCCUCGACGAGUUCUUAGCCAAGGCAGAGCAAUAUUGGAUGGACAUCAACAUCUUCCAGCUUGCUAUGGAGGAGCAGUCAGGUGGUAACCGCGGCGUGGUCGCGACUGUGAAGCGGGAUUGGCCAAAGAUUUGGCCAGCUCAGCUGGAGGAAAAUCGAAUGUAUGCCUUCGAUUGCUUCUCAAAGUUCUGGGGUAGACUGGAGCGAUCCAAACUUGUGGAUGAUGUCAUGGCUGAGGUCCUCCCAGAUCUGGGCAAGGACUACAAUGAAAAGCUUGAGAGCAAGGACCAGCAAAAGCUGAUGAAGAUGUCAGAUGACGAGCGCCGCGAUGAAAUCAUGAAUCGCCUGGGAACAUCACCCAUCGUGGCUCAAUAUGCUGGCUUGAGCAAGGAGGAUCCUGAAGUGAAGGCUAUUGGAUCCAAGAUGGCGCCUUUUGUGGCCAAGUUUGUUUCCAUUCUGGAGAGGAAGGUGUCCACGCAGACGGAAUCCCUUGGCCAGACAGUGGAUUUCGCGCUUGUAGCGGUUGUAGCCGUUGUUGCUUUGAUUGGCUUGAGCUUCGCUGGCAUCAUCAAGAUUCCCGAUCCUACAUGGUGA